AUGCCCUCCGUAGAAACUCCUGCAAUCUCAAAAGCCGGCAUCACCACCUCCGCUACUGGCGAACGCCACAUCCCCGCGUCUGUCCGCCCCGACGGCUCCCUACGCAAAGAGAUUCGCGUUCGCCCAGGCUACCGCCCACCAGAGGAUGUUGAACUUUACAAGAACCGUACCGCCGAGGGUUUCCGCAACAGAGGCAAGGCAGGAGUGCCGGGUGCAGAAGCGGUAAAGAAGGAGGAGAAUUCUAGCACAUUGAGUCCUGCUGCCAAUAAGAAUGCCAAGCGGAGGGAAGCUAGAAAAAAGGCUGCAGCCGCAGCGGAUGAUGGAAAAGACGAGGGCAAAGGAGCCUCUGCCGACAUGAAGGAAAAGGAAGCGUCGGUGGAGGUCAAGGCGAAGGAGAAUGCGAAGCCUGAGGCGGACAAGGUUGUUGACCCCGAGGUCGAGAAAGAGAAGGAAGCGAAGAAGCUUACGAAGAAGUUAAGACAGGCGCGCGAAUUGAAGGACAAGAAAGACAAGGGCGACAAGCUGCUCCCAGAGCAGUUCGAGAAGGUCAUCAAAAUCAACGAGCUGAUACGCCAAUUAGAAAGCCUCGGCUUCGAUGCACAAGGAGAGAAGAAGGGUGAGACUUGA